CGUGCGGUGUACUUCACCACCACCGCCACCACCUCCUAUGGGUUUACACGGAGUUAGUGCGAGAUAUUCUGCUCCGGGAGCGAGAGUGCGCGGAUAAACGGCACACACACGCUGCGCGUCGGUGUCCCACCGAACAGCCUCUAUUCAGGUUACCACGAGAUUUAUCUCUCUCUCUCUUUCUUCUUCUUCUCCCCCCUUCACGAUAUCUUUUUAACCUUGUGUCUCCGCCGGCUGAUGAACUUGAAUCAUGACGGGACACCGGUCUCUCCUCUCGAGUUCACCUUGCUGCCUCCUUCACCUGACCAGGUAGCCCGGGGGGGAGGAGGAAGAGGAGGUGGAGGAGGAGGAGGAGGAGAGGGGCGAGAACACAAGGAAAAAGAAGCUAAAUAGACACCCGUCUGUUUUCCUCGGGACGUAUUUUGGGAGAUGAGAAGUGCUUUUCUUCGGACCGGUUCUGCUGUCAGACACCACCAGCCGCUGACGCACCCGGCCGCGUCCGCGGGAGAGCGACGCAAUCACCGCGGCUCGCACAAUUAGGUACUGUCCUCUUCCUGAAGUUAAAUGGGGGAAACGGAACUGCGACAUAUGCAGCUUCUUAUUCAUCCCAGUUUGAGCGAGCAGCUGCUUUUACCCGUAACCGAGUCUUGAUUACUACUGCGGGGUCAAUAUAUCUUUUUUUCUUCUUCUUCUUCUUCUUCUUCUUCUUCUUCUUCUUCUUCUUCUUCUUCUUCUUCUUCUUCUUCUUCUUCUUCUUCUUCUUCUUCUUCUUCUCCCUCUCCUCUUGCCUGGACCCACCGCUUGAUCUGACUGAGAAGGAUUUUCUUUACCUGAUUAAAGUCUCAGCCGCCCUGGACCUGAAGACUAUGAGCUGACAGACUGCGCGUUUUAUCCCGCGCUGUACCGGAUUUGGGUUUGUCCGUGGAAGGUUCCUACCAUCACACGCGAGGAGUCUCUGCCCGUAACGUCGUCGCAUAGAAAGACACCUUUUGAGUUGUGAAGGCUGGAAACACAUUCAAGCUGUCAUGGAUCUAAAAGACUAUUACCUGUUGGGCGCCCUGCUUGCCUGCCUGUGGCUAGAUCCUUCAAUAGCCCAGGAGCUCAUUUACCCCAUUAGAGAAGAGUUGCAAGAAAAUGUCCUGAUUGGAAACAUACCAAAGGACCUAAACAUACCCCACACAAACGCUGCCACUGGAGCGAGCGCUAAUCUUGUGUACCGGCUCGUCUCCAAAGCGGGAGAUAACCCACUGGUGCGCGUUCUGAGCAGCACGGGCGAAAUAUUCACAACAUCAAACCGAAUCGACAGGGAGAAGUUGUGCCCCGGUCCCUCGUUUGAGGACAGCGAGUGCUCCUUUGAAAUUGAAGUGGUCAUCCUCCCUAAUGACUAUUUCAGGCUGAUUAAGAUCAAAAUAAUUGUCAAAGACACAAAUGAUAAUGCCCCCAUGUUCCCGUCCCCUGUGAUCAACAUCUCCAUCCCCGAGAACACGCUCAUUAACAGCCGGUUUGCUAUUCCUUCUGCCACUGACCCAGACACUGGCCCAAACAGUGUCCACAAAUACGAGCUGAUCAACGGGCAAAGUGCUUUUGGCUUAGACAUAGUGGAAACGCCUGAGGGCGAGAAGUGGCCUCAGCUUAUUGUGCAGCAGAAUCUGGACAGAGAGCAGAAAGACACAUAUGUGAUGAAGAUCAAAGUGGAGGACGGGGGCAGUCCACAGAAAUCCAGCACUGCCAUUCUGCAAGUUACUGUGACGGAUGUAAAUGAUAACCGGCCGGUGUUUAAAGAGGGUCAGAUAGAUGUGCAUAUACCGGAGAACUCCCCCAUUGGCGCGUCUGUGGUGCAGCUCAUGGCCACAGAUGCAGACAUUGGCGCGAAUGCAGAGAUACGCUAUGUGUUUGGGACUCAGGUGUCUCCUUCCACUAAAAGACUCUUUGCAUUGAACACAACAUCUGGCCUAAUUACAGUGCAGAGGCUCCUGGACAGAGAGGAGACUGCUAUCCAUAAGCUCUCCGUCUUAGCCAGUGAUGGCAGCUCCAGUCCUGCAAGAGCUACUGUUACCAUAAAUGUGACUGAUGUUAAUGACAACCCGCCUAAUAUAGACCUGCGAUACAUAAUCAGCCCCAUUAAUGGCACUGUUUUCCUCUCGGAGAAGGAUCCCAUCAAUACCAAGAUAGCUCUCAUCACCGUGUCAGACAAAGACACGGACAUCAACGGCAAGGUCAUAUGCUUCAUAGAGAAGGACGUACCUUUCCAUCUCAAGGCCGUGUACGACAACCAGUAUCUGCUGGAGACCUCUGCGCUGCUCGACUACGAGGGGACAAAGGAAUACAACUUCAAAAUCGUGGCUUCUGACUCCGGGAAACCCAGCUUGAAUCAGACUGCCUUGGUACGAGUGAGGCUGGAGGAUGAGAACGACAACCAGCCGAUUUUCAUUCAGCCAGUCAUCGAGCUGGCCGUCAUGGAAAACAACAAGCGCGACCUGUUCCUCACUACUCUGAGCGCCACGGAUGAGGACAGCGGGAAAAAUGCGGAGAUCGUUUAUCAGCUGGGCCCAAAUGCAUCAUUCUUCGAUCUCGACCGCAAAACGGGGGUGCUGACCGCUUCCAGGGUUUUUGACCGUGAGGAUCAGGACAGGUUUCUCUUCACUAUCACGGCGCGGGACAACGGGACGCCCCCUCUGCAAACCCAGGCGGCGGUUAUUGUAACCGUGCUGGAUGAAAAUGAUAACAACCCUAAGUUCACACACAACCACUUUCAGUUCUUUGUGUCUGAGAAUCUUCCCAAAUACAGCACAGUGGGGGUGAUAACCGUCACCGAUUCAGAUGCCGGAGAAAAUGCUGCUGUUUCUCUGUCCAUCCUCAAUGACAACGAGAACUUUAUUCUGGAUCCCUACUCUGGAGUCAUCAAAUCCAACGUGUCAUUUGAUAGGGAGCAGCAGAGCUCCUACACUUUCGAUGUCAGGGCCGUGGACAGCGGCAGGCCCCCCUGCUCCUCGGCAGCCAAGGUUACCAUCAAUGUCAUCGACGUGAAUGACAACACCCCCAUCGUCAUCUACCCCCCCUCCAACACGUCCUUCAAGCUCGUCCCGCUUUCCUCCAUCCCGGGUUCCGUGGUAGCGGAGGUGUUUGCUGUGGACGGUGACACGGGAAUGAAUGCGGAGCUCAAAUACACUAUCGUCAGCGGGAACAACAAAGGUCUGUUCAGAAUUGACCCUGUCACGGGGAAUAUUACUCUCGAGGAAAAACCAACUGUGACUGACAUAGGCCUACACAGAUUAGUGGUCAAUAUUAGUGACUUGGGAUAUCCCAGAUCCCUCCACACGCUGGUGCUGGUAUUCCUGUACGUCAACGACACCGUGAGCAACUCAACGCUCAUCUACGACCUCAUCCGACGCACCAUGGAGACCCCGAUUGACCGAAACAUCGGCGAAAGCGGUGAAACCUAUCAAAGCGGCGACUAUUUAACCAUAAUGAUAGCCUUUGUCACCGGCGCCUUGGUGGUGAUCAUUGUCAUAUUUGUCACCGUGCUUCUGCGCUGCCGCCACGCCUCCAGGUUCAAGGCCGCGCAGAGGAAAAAGCAGGGCGCUGAGUGGAUGUCGCCCAACACGGAGAACAAGCAGAACAAGAAGAAGAAGCGAAAGAAAAGGAAGUCCCCCAAAAGCUCCCUGCUCAACUUCGUCACCAUCGAGGGGAACAAACCCGACGACCCUGCCCACGAGCCAAUAAACGGAACCAUCAGUCUGCCCACCGAGCUGGAGGAGCAAGGGAUUGGACGCUUCGAUUGGAAUGCCACGCCUACCACGACCUUCAAACCCGGCAGCCCCGACCUGGCCCGGCACUACAAGUCUGCCUCGCCGCAGUCGGCCUUCCACCUCAAGGCCGACACGCCGGUCUCCGUGAAGAAGCAUCAUGUGAUUCAGGAGCUCCCAUUGGAUAACACAUUUGUCGGAGGCUGUGACACCCUUUCCAAGAGGUCCUCCACGAGCUCCGACCACUUCAGUGCCUCAGAGUGCAGUUCCCAAGGAGGGUUCAAGACGAAGGGGCCCAUGCACACCAGACAGCAGUCGCAGCGGCGAGUCACGUUUCACCUGCCGGACGGCUCUCAGGAGAGCUGCAGUGACAGCGGUCUGGGCGACCACGAGCCUGUAGGCAGUGGCACCCUCCUCACACAACCUCUCCCUCUGGUGCAGGCGCAGGACGACUUCUACGAGCAGGCCUCCCCCGAUAAGAGGACCGAAGCUGACGGAAACUCUGAUCCCAACUCUGAUGGCCCGCUGGGACCUCGUGGCUUAGUGGAAGCUACAGAGAUGUGCACACAGGAAUGCCUCGUCCUGGGACAUUCAGACAACUGCUGGAUGCCCCCUACAUUGGGAACAUAUCAGCAGCCCAAGUCACCCGUGUCCAGCUUUGGAUCUCAGAGGGAGUGGGGUCCCAAGGAAAAACUUCUCAACGGACAUACCCUAACCAGAACCUGGAAAAAUGAGAGUGGGCGGUCCGAGCAUUUUGUAGACAGGAAGCAGUUUGGGAGCGGAGAGGGACACUUCACAAGCAGUGGCAUGGCUGAUAUUCCGCUGGUGAGUCUGAAGUCCUGCCAGCCUGCCUCCUGCCCAGACAGCCCAAAGGACCAGCAGCUAUAAGAUGGACUUUGCUUCUGUGCUGUGUGAUAUCCACCUGAGCUCCUCUACUUUUUUGUUAUUUUUCUCUUUCUCCUUUCAUCUCUUCCCACUUCAGUUGAUGCUUCUGCAGUGUGAUGGCCACAUGUAGGCAACAGAACUAUAAUGCGUAUGUUUUGUUCAUUACAAUUCAACAUUAGAAUGGCUCUUGAAGACGCGUCUUUUUUUAAACCUCUAUGGAUUUCUUCAAUUUUAAAUUUUCUGUCUACUCCAUGUGCGGUCUGGACAAGAGGAGGACGGACAUGCGUUAAAUGGAGAAAAAAAAUUUAAAAAAAAAAAAAACUACCAUGGCUGACCAGUAUAUACACAUAUUUGUGGUGUGGUUGUUAUUGAGUCUUUCAGGACUAUAUUAAUCAACACAAUCAAAGAAAAUGGAAUUGCAUUUCGGAUAGGGUUUUAAUAACACUGUUAGUGGACACUUGUUUAUUCUGUCAUUGUCUGUGAGUUGUAAAUAAGACUUAUUAACCACUCUCAUAUACAUGUAAUAACCACAGUGAAUAGGACAGUUCUUGGCUGUCACCAUAAUGGCUUGUAAUUAGGAUUUGGGAUUUCAACUGGAAACAAAGGUAUGUCAUUUUGCAUAAUGUACAACAAGUAAACAUUGACCUAAUUAUUUUAAACCUGAUGGUUGAUUUGAAACAUUUUUCCAUUCCCUAAUAUACUCAAUGUUGCCCAUAUUUCAUAAAGAGCUUUGUCAAUUGCUGCAAAACCACUGGCAAAGACUUAAAAAAAGAACAUUUUGUAUUGUGCUCAAUAUGUGCAUUAUAAAAAUGAAAAGCUUGAAAGUUCUUCUCUAUAAACUGAUUUUGAAAGUGUUCAGUACAAUUAAAUAGCAAUAUAUUUGUAAAUGGCUAAAUGUUUUAUCUAAUGUUGAUAUUAUUAUUGUAUAGAUUUUAUUCAAAUUGUGAUUUAUCUGACUUCAAUCCCUCAGUAGUACCUGCAAUCUAUUGGUAUAUGUAUAUAUAUUAUUUACACACAGACUAUUUCUUUUCCAUACUUAAGAAAAGACAGUUAAAGAUAACAAUUGAAUCACUGUGCCUCCAUAAUGUUUCUACUUAUUCAAAAUAAAAAACAUGUUGUCUACAAAGACUUGAUGAUCAAAUGCCUUAUGCAUAGGAGGUUUGCCAAAUUACACAUCACACAGAUAUAAAAGUACAUAAUGAAGUUUUUGAUACCUUAGAAAAAUAGAAUGGUAUGCAGAUGAUGGGUCAAUUAUGAAAUAUCAUCUGUCAAGUUGGUUUUAUUCCACAGCAUGGAAGGCAAAUUAAACAAUGCAAUAGCAUGCUAAACAAUAUAGAUUUAAAAAUUCAGUCUUUUUGUUUUGUUGUAAUACGGUUUAUUUGUGCAUUAAGGAGACAUUCAGUUUGUAAAGCACUUUCAUAUUUAUGUCACAAUAUAAAGAAGUUAAGUGGGAUGGAGUGAUUUGCUUAUCGCAAUAUGUUUGUCAGUUGUGAGGGUGUUUGACAUCACAGAUACUGAAACAGUUAAUCCUUGUUAAUACUCUACAGGUAUACAGCUACUGCAAUAAAUGUUUUAACUAUG